AAACCAGAUCGCGUGAAUGUAGCAGGUUUUGUGACUCUUCAUAUUGGAGACUUGUUCCUCAUCAUCGACUCCUUCAACUCUGUAAUUCCUGUCCCUGGCAGCUCUGGUCCACCAGACGUCACCCUUAUUGCGACGUCAGUGUUCGAAAGCUCAAAACCCACCAUAGAGCCGACGACGCCCAUCUUGACCACGCCACAAACAACCACACCCACCACACCAACGACGACAACAAGGGUAACGACACCGAGGGUGACGCCCACUCCCACACCCACCGUCAGCACGGAACCCACCUACUUCAUACGGAUGUCCUUUGAGACCUUGAAUUUGACGUAUUUCGACGACCUGAACAAUAAGAGCUCUAACGUCUUCAAAUUCAUCCAGGAAGAGUUUUGCUCAGACGUAACCAAUCUUCUGGACGAACACAGGCAGUUCUUCCCAACCUACAUGCGGUGUAACAUCGACAUAUUUGGAGGAGAUCCACUCCGCGUCAACUUCAGCCUUCAGUUCCGGGAUCUGAAGGGAGAGAACCGAACGGCUGUGAAGGAGCUAGUGGUCGCCAUGAUCAAGGAGAACGCCAUACGGAGAGAGUACCAGAACGUUUUCGCGCUGCUCAUAGGGAACUUGCUCAUUGCCAUGGACAGCAUCAGCGCUGAGUUUCCGACGCCUCCAACCACCGCGAGCAUCUACGACGCCAUUGGUUACAACUACACUUUCUACCUGUUCCCGGGGAACUACUCCUACGAGCUACAGAACAAAGAGUCAGCCCUCUUCAAGGAGACAGCCUAUCGCUUUUGCAAAGACAUAGAUGACGUGUUCGGCAAUACGGGGCUCCGCUCUGUUCGGAAGCGGUACCUCGGCUGCGUAGUGGACGAGUUUGGUGCCGACCGUCAGGUUAAGUUCCGAGUCGUGUUGCAAGAGACGGAUGUGGUUCGGCCAAGCAGUAUGUUCAACAUCUUUGCCUACCACGGCGAUCAGGUGCCUCUGGAUGGUAUCUUCUACCUGCCUUUUGGGGGCGUGUAUGUUGCUGUUGACACAGACCCCACUUAUCAGAUGAUGAUGAUUCAGGACUUUGUCACUCACACCUUCUACAUCUCGACCACAACACCCACGAUCCUGUACACUGUAAUCACUCUCACCCUUGAGGUGUUCGAGCCCGGGUGGUCAGCGGAACUGGAUGACGUGACGAGCGCCCGCUACCGAGUCCUCGCAGAUCCCUUCUGUUCUGAUCCGAGAGCCGUUCAAGAUCACAGCCGACCUGACAUUCCGCGGGGAGCAGAGCACAACGCUGGAAAACACUCUCAACACCAUCAUCAUGGAGAGUGCCAAUAGCCCCGAAGCCGUGUCUAGGAGCAGCCAAUUUGGAGCUAGUGCCUCACCCCACAGAGUGCGAUCAGUUCUACCAGUGCAUCAACGGGAACCCGUUGCCCAUACCAUGCAGGCCUGGCUUCGUGUUCCAGGGAUCCACCUGUGUGCCGCGACCCCCGGGAUUUGUGUGUGGCGUCUGAGAAAUAUCUUCUACAAAUUAUGUUAAACUUAUGUAGCGGAUGAGGUGGUAUGUGAG